CGAGGAGAUCCUUGGCCAAUGGCCAUUGUGCGGAUCCGACGUGGACCGCUAUCGACCUGUGCGGCUGCGCGGUGUCUCGCGGAGUAGAUCGGGACAGCUGGCACUUUUGGGUCAUCGACGGUCAAAGAUUCUUCAUUGUGGAUCCUACACAUUUGUCGGCCUGAUAUAGCAUCAGAUAUUGCGCUAUAAUGGGUUUCAAAACCUUGGAGCCUGUGGAUCCGACCCGUGAUCGAAUGGACCUUUAAUGGCAAUAAUGCAUGGAUCGACCAGGCCCGGCCCAAUUACCGAAACCCAUAAGGAGCCAAUCUCCGUCGCCCUCCUCGGCGCCGCGCCCUGGCACGGUUGUGCACGACCCUUCCUAAAACCCUACGCAGAACGCUCAAACCCCCUCUCUAGUCUCCAUAGCGCCGAGGAGGCCGAAGAUGAAGAACCUAAAGCUCGUAUCGGAGCUCUCGCUCCAUCUCGAUCUCCACCUCGAGGGAGAAACCCUUCUCCUCUCUGCUUUCGACAUCGAACGCAACCGCGUGUUCUUCGCGUCUUCCGCGAAUUUCAUCUACACCGUUCAACUCCAUUCGUCUCAGAAAGGAGCGACAUGGAACAAAACUCUCUCAGCUUUUGAAGUAGACGACGUCACAUUAGACCCUGAAGAUUGCAUUGUAGCAAUGGAAUAUCUUAUGGAGAAGGAGGCUUUACUGCUUGGAUCUUCAAAUGGCUGUCUAAUACUUCAUAAUGCUGAUGAUAAAGCAACCGAAGUUGUUGGAAGAGUGGAGGGUGGUGUCACGAGCAUCACUUGUAGUCCAGAUGGAGCUCUUAUUUCUUUAACAACCGGGUUAGGGCAGUUACUUGUCAUGACUCAAGAUUGGGAAGUACUGUAUGAAACUGCUCUCAUCCCUCAUUCAGAUAGUGUCAUUGCAGGCAGUCAAAUCAGUAGUACCAUAUCUUGGCGAGGUGAUGGCAAGUAUUUCGCUACUCUUAGUGGACACCAUGAUUCUUCUUCUUUGCAAAAGCUUAUGAUAUGGGAGCGUGAAUCGGGAGCAUUGCAUUCUUCUUCAGAGUCCAAAGCCUUUAUGGAAGCAGCAUUAGAUUGGAUGCCAAGUAGCGCUAAAAUUGCAACAGCUUAUAAUCGAAAGGCCGAAAACAGAUGCCCCCUCAUAGUAUUCUAUGAGAGAAACGGCUUAGAGAGAAGCUCUUUUCCUAUUGAUGAGCCAGUAGAAGCCACAAUCGAAACCCUAAGAUGGAAUUGCAAUUCAGAGCUUCUAGCUGCUUCCAUUACGUCUUCUCAGUACAAUUCUAUCAAAAUCUGGUCUUGCAAUAACAACCAUUGGUACUUAAAACACGAAAUCAGAUACUCUAAAAAUGAUGGGACAAAGUUUAUUUGGGACCCAACAAAGCCACAACAUUUAAUUUGUUGGACACUUAGUGGCAAGAUCAUAGCAUACAAAUUUGCUUGGACUAGUGCCGUCACAGAUGCUUCAACUGCAUUGGUUAUUGAUAACUCCAAUUUGCUAGUAACUCCUCUUGAUCUGUCUCUAAUUCCGCCUCCAAUGUCUUUGUUUAAGCUCAAAUUCCAUAGUGCUGUUAGGGAUAUUUCGUUUGUUUCUGGAAGCUCAAAGAACCAUCUGGCUGCCUACAUCUCUGAUGGCAGUUUGUGUGUGGCGGAGCUUCCUAAUAAGGAUACUUGGGAUCAAUUUGAAAGCAAUGAGUUCAAUAUCGAUGUUUGCCAUUCUGAUGUUAAAUUGGAGAACUUUUUGCAUCUCACUUGGUUGGAUUCACAUAUUCUUAUUGGUGUUGCUGUUAAUCAUCAAGAACAGAAACAGACUUCCUCCCUUUUUCUGCUGGAGAUUGAGCUUGUUUGCUCUGAGGAUUCUUUGCCUGGUUCAGUUAGUUCUUCUGGUUGGCAGGCAAAGAUAUCCAGAAAAGUUUCUUUAGAAGGUCCAGUUGUUAGUAUUGUUCCUAACCCUGCAAAAAGGCGUUCAGCCUUUGUUCAGAUUACUGGAGGAAAAGUAUUUGAGUAUUCUUCAAAUACAAGUAUUCUAAAAGCAUCUCCAGGGUCACAAUUUUGUGAGCUUGAUUUUGAAAAUGGAUUUGGAUUUCCUUCUUCAUGCCCUUGGAUGAGAGCCGUUGUUUCUCAUAGUGAUGCUAAACCUUUGCUUUUUGGGCUCGAUGAAAGUGGGAGGCUUUACACAGGCAAGAGAGUAUUGAGCAAUAGUUGUGGCAGUUUCUCAUUUUACUCUAAUACCUGUAAAGAUACUUUGCAAGUGGUGACUCAUUUGCUUCUUACUACUAAAGAGGAUUUUCUGUUCAUUAUCAAUGUAGAUGACAUCUCACAUGGGAAUCUAAUUGUAAAUGUAGAUAGCUUUAACAAUAAUCACAAGCGAGGAGAAGAAAGCAAGGAUUAUGUUCCUAUUUGGGAAAAAGGUGCAAAGUUGAUUGGUGUUCUGCAUGGUGAUGAAGCUGGAGUAAUAUUGCAAACAAUUAGGGGAAACCUGGAAUGCAAUUACCCUAGAAAGCUGGUCCUUGUGUCAAUAAUUAAUGCUUUGAACCAGAAGCGCUUCGGAGACGCAAUGGCUCUGGUAAGACGACACAGGAUAGAUUUCAAUUUCAUUGUCGACUAUUGUGGCUGCAUUUCUUUUGUCAAAUUAGCUGCAGAGUUUGUCAAUCAGGUAAACAAUCUUAGUCAAAUUACUGAUUUUGUUUGCUCGAUUAAGAAAGAGAAUGUCAUUAAUACACUUUACAAGAGCUACAUAUCUAUACCGACCCUCAAUGAAACCUCCAUGGAAAGCAAAGUUUCGUCUGUGCUUUUGGCUAUUCGAAAAGCACUCGAGGAGAAAGUAGAAGAAAGCCCGGCAAGAGAACUCUGUAUACUGACCACUUUAGCUCGUAGUGAGCCUCCUGCCUUGGUGGAAGCACUGAACAGAAUAAAAGCCAUUCGCGAAUUAGAACUAUCAGGUGUUGACAUUGCUAAAAGAAAACCAUACCCAACUGCUGAAGAAUCUCUAAAGCAUCUAUUGUGGCUAACUGAUCCGGAAGCUGUUUACAAUGCUGCUUUGGGCUUGUAUGAUCUGAACCUCGCUGCUAUUGUCGCUUUGAACUCUCAGAAGGACCCAAAAGAGUUCCUUCCUUAUCUCAAAGGACUCGAAUCCUUACCUCCUGCUGUUAUGAGGUAUACAAUCGAUCUAAAACUUCGUAAUUACGAGAGUGCCCUCAAAAACAUUGUUUCAGCGGGUGAUGACUACUAUGAAGAUUGCAUGAAUCUCUUGACUAGUAAUCCCCAACUUUUUCCACUUGGGCUUCAAUUAUUCACUGAUAAUGUCAAAAGGAGGCAAAUAAUGGAGAAAUGGGGUCAUCACCUUUUUGCUGAGAAAUGCUUUGAGGAUGCUGCUACAACUUUUUUAUGCUGUUCACUAUACCAAAAUUCCUUGAGAGCAUACCGUGCUUGUGGAAAUUGGAAAGGAGUGUUUACUGUGGCUGGUCUUUUAAAGCUAGAAAAAGGGCAAAUUCUUCAGCUAGCAAAUGAGCUAUGUGAAGAAUUUCAAGCACUUGGAAAGACUGCAGAGGCCGCUAAGAUUUCAAUAGAGUAUUGUCAUGACAUUGUUAGAGCUGUUAAUUAUUACAUAAUGGCACGAGAAUGGGAAGAGGCUCUUAGAAUUGCUUACAUGCAUGAGAGGGAGGAUUUAAUUACUGCUGUUAAAGAUGCGGCUGUGGAUUGCGCCACCACAUUGAUAUCUGAGUAUCAGGAAGGAUUGGAAAAGGUAGGGAAAUACUUGGCGCGAUAUUUGGCUGUGCGGCAGAGAAGAUUAUUACUUGCUGCUAAGAUUCAGUCGGAGGAUGGAAUGUCGAAUGAUGCUGAAUAUGAUACAGUUUCAGAAAUUAGCAGUAGCUUCAGUGAAAUGAGUGCUUACACUGCAAGGACGGCAAAGGGAUCAGGUGCUUCGGUUUCAACUAGUACUGCCAGUAAGUCACGAGAGAUCAGGCGGCAACGCAAGGGUGGAAAAAUUCGUGCUGGAAGCCCUGGAGAGGAGAUGGCGCUUGUAGAGCAUCUAAAGGGAAUGUCUCUAACUUCAAGUGCUCAGCGUGAACUAAAGUCACUGAUGUCCGCUCUUAUAUUGCUCGGAAAGGAGGAAACUGCUCGACAGCUGCAAAAUGCUGGAGAUAACUUUGAGUUAGUUCAGAGGGCAGCUGUGAAACUGUCAGAAGAUACAGUUACAAGUGAUAAAAUAAACGAAAACUCCCAAACUCUGGAGCACUAUGUCAAACUAUUAAGAGCUCAGCCUCGUCCCGAGAACCUUUCUUGGCAAAUCAGACUAUUAUUGCCACCAUCCCAGGUUUAGAGGACACAAUGAUAAUAUGCAUCGGAGGAAGAAAUUGUAAUUUAUGCGGGUAAAUGAGACUAGAGCUGGUGAAACAUGCUAAGUAUCAGUGGGCUAAACGUUUGACUUAGAUGUGAGGAUACGAAUGCAACAAGGAAGGCCAUUUCAUGUGUUGACAAGUAUCACCGGAAGCAUCUCAUCGGCACGCCGAUACUUGUAUUGUAGCUGGUACAGUAACUAACUGGUGGACUGGGUCCCUUUUCAUAAGCUCUAUUUUGUUACUUAUUAUCUGGUGUAAACUGUCAUGCAACAUUGUGUAAGAGUUCAAGAAUUACUUGAAAAAUUUUGUAGGCAGCGUAUAUAAUCUCUUUGAUUGCUUGAAA